CCGAGUAGUCGUGUCGUCACUCGUCACCCGCGCAAAAACCCCUCGGGCGCGUGAACGUUUUCCAACCUCCUUGACCGGCGCGCCGCUCGGCUUGGUGCUUACAACGUGUUUGACGUGUUUACAUUGGACACACGCACGCACGCGCUGGCCUGAUAAAAAUAGAGGACUCCGGCUUCGGCGUGAUCAGCUGAUUUUUGUUUUGUGCCGGAACACGCGCGCGCCCGCACGUACACACAGUGCGCGUGUGUGUUUCGCAGGUGCGCGCGCACGGGUACCGAACGGCGAACACCGCGGCCGCCUCCCAUAAUAUUUCCCCGUCCCGGCCUCACCGGCAUCCGACGAACCGUCCGAAUGACGUGCAUUCGUGUUAUCGUCAUUAUUAUUAUUGUUAUUACGGUUCGUUCGUCUCCGAACGAAUAACAAUAAUAUCCUAUACUAUAGUGUUUGUGUUCGCUGUUCUGUUAUUAUUAUUAUUAUUAUUAUUGUUUCUCACGGGGGGGAGGGGGGAUCGCUUUUGGACGGUGCAAACGCUAAAACGCAUUCGGUACUCGCGGUUACCGCUCGUUGCUAAUUUGAAAAUCGCGCAGAAAACGCCGACUCGGAAAGAGCAUAACCCCAAAAAAGUCGGCACCACCGAGAUAAUACAGUUGGCAAAAAAAAAAAUAACGUCGUACCGUCAUCGGCGACACGACGCGUGUCCGUUCAGAAGCAGCGGCAGCAGGCAGCAGCGGUUCGAUCGUCACGUGGUACACACCCUCCACCCGAGGCCGCCGGUCAUCUGCUGGUAAACAAACGGUGCCCCCCACUCCCCCUCACUGGCUUACGCACACCGACUCACACGCACACUGCCACACACACGCGCAUUCGUAGUCUCACACACACACGUCGUACUUUGGUUUUUCGUCGUUCACAUCGCUGUCCGUCGUCGUCGUCGCUGCCGCCGCCGAUUCGAAAAAUAAAACAGCAGCUCUAGUGACUAGCUCUCUCUCGCUCACUCUCUCACUCUCUCUCUCACUCUCUCUCUCUCACUCUCUCGCCGCACCGCCGCCGGUCUUUCUCCGCCUGUCGGUCGGACGGUCUGUACGGCCGUCGCCGCCGCUUUUUGAGUGUGCUCGUGCGCGCAACGCGUCGUCGACUCGAUUCGCGUUCGUCUCUCGUGCCCACAGCACAGCACACACACACCGGGUGCCUGCCGCGUAUACUCGUUCGCCGCCCAGCGGUUUACCAUUAUACCGCUAUACAGUACCGACACGCUCUUUUUUUUUUUCCCCUAUUCGACCGUGUGUUCGCCGUGCCGUGCGCGGUACGCAACGUAGGUAAAAACGAGAUACACGGGACGGAAACUCGCUAGCCGUCCGGGCACCGUGCACACUAGGGACCAUGUCCGACACGGAUUGGUCGCUGCACGCGCUCAAGUCCAUGCCCGGCAGCCCGACAAACGUGCAAUGGGCCCCGGACCAGGACGUGACGGGUGUCAUAGCCAAACUGGAGGGCCGCGAACUGGAGUACCUGAUCCGGCAGAAACGCAUUGUGAUCGGCCGGAAUAGCUCCAGGGGCCAGGUGGACGUAAACAUGGGCCACUCGAGCUUUAUAUCGCGCCGUCAUCUGGACGUGCUAUACGAACAUCCGAAUUUCUUUCUGACGUGCCACGGCAAGAACGGCGUGUUCGUGGACGGUGUGUUCCAGCGGAAGGGUGCCCCGGCCCUACAGUUGCCCAAAAGGUAAGAGCACGAAAAGGCCGGCGGUGCUUGUCAUGCGUGUACGAGGACGAUGGGUUUUUUAAAUUUUCUAUUAUUAUUAUUUUUAUUAUUAUUAUUAUUGUUGGUAUCGUUUUUGUUUGUUUUCGGAAAUCGCACGCGGCGCCGCCCCCCCGCAAUCACCCGCUCGCCCGCCACGUUAUGUCGUUAUUAUUUCGGUCCGGCGACCGCUCUCUGUGUUUACACACAAUAUUUUGUUUUUUUAAUAAGAUGAUAAAAACGGGACGGGGAACAACACGACGUUGUUACGAACGCGAUCGAUGAUAACGUGUUUUUGUUGUUUGGUUAUAAAUGGCUGCGCGCUAGUGUGUGCGUAUGUAACGGGUUUUCAAGGUCUCCCUGUUGCCAAAGUUCGAAAUAGUCUAUUAAAUAUUACUACGCAUACGACGCGCACAGAUAAUUUUCUUAUCAUCGUUGCUGGCCGACCGUCCGAGUAGUGGUCGCCGGGUCCGAACUUUCAUUAAAUAAUACAUAUGUGACUUAGGACUUAGCAACUGUCCCCCGAAGUACGCCGGUCCCGGAUGAUAACGAGAGUCCCCUUGGUCUAAACACUUAUUCUUUUAUUUCUAUCUUAAUUUUAACGCCCCCCAAUGGCUUUUUAAAAUAUUCCACAAUCAUCAAUUCAAUUAAUUCGGGUGUACCCGCUGCUUGCUCAUUGUCAAAAUUAUACUAUACCCACUUGACUAAUCACAGUUAUCAUUUUUUUUUUUUUUUAUGUACAUUGUUUCAUCACUGACCGAUAUUAUAUUUUGUAUUUAUGAAUAUUUCCAACUUCAAAAUUAUUACUUCUCAGGUUCCUAUCCAUAAAUCAAAUAAUAAUAUUUACCAUUUUGGGCGAAUAAAUUAAAUGUUACUAUAAAUGUAUAUAAAUGUAAAUGAGACUGUUAUUACUAAGUAUUUAUCGUUAAAUUUAUUUGAGAACUAAUGUUUAAUAUUCUUUACAAUUCUACAAUUCAUUAGUAACAUUUAUGCGAAAGAAAGCAUUUUAUAAAUUCCUAUACCUUAUGAUUGGAAGUUUUACUAUUUUUUAUAUACCUAAAACUUGCAUAAUAAUUAAUGCAAGUAAUUAGUAAUUUAUAAUAUAAUCAAUUUUCAUUGUAAUAAGUAAUUGAUACUAAAAUAAAGAAAUCUUAUUUUUAUUUUAAUAUAAUAAUUUUAAAUAAAUCGGUUAAUUUUGUAUUUACAACUUGGAUACUUAAUAUAAAAUGCAUAAUUAAUAUUAUACAAUCAGAAAAAAAAUUUGCCAUUGGCUUUUUUCGCAUCAGGCCACAGAUUUAUUAUAUAUUUUAUGGGUUUAUUUUAUUUUUUAAAAUUUAUUUAUUUCUAUAGGUACAAAGAAAGAUUUAAUAAUAUCAUACAUAUGGAACUGAUAAAAAUACCAAUUUCAGGCAGUUCAUUAUAAUAAUCAUAUAUUAUAAUAAUUUAUAAGAAAAUAACUGGAAGAAUAUAAUUGGCAUUAAAUGGUGUGAUAAUUACUUAUCGAAUUUUGUUUAUAUAUAUAUAUAUAUAUAUAUAUGGUUAAUAUUUGUAUGAACUCUACAGAUAACAGUAACAUUAAUUUUGAAUUCAAAAUAUAUUAUGUACACAGCAUAUUUUCUUUUGUAAAAAUUGAAUUAUCAAAAAUAUUAUUGCCUAAAAUAUUUCUUAUUGUUGAAAUUGUAAUCUCUAGUUAAUUGACAAUUAUUAUUGGUAUUUUCUAUGUUUUAGUAAAAUAAAUACCAUACUAGAUACUUAGUCCAAAAUAAAUGUAGUUUGAUAAAUAAAUAUAUCCUUUUUUAUGUUGGUACCUACUUAUUUAAAAAUAUUUACCUAUUUAAUUUAAAUAUGUUCUUAUUAUGUUUGGUUUUUUUAUAGGUGUUUAAUGCGAUUUCCUAGCACUACCAUUCGGUUAGUGUUCUAUUCGUUGAUAGACGAAAUGGCACCACCUCCUGUUCUUCAGAAUACAUUUAUUCAAACACAAACUAGACCACUUGCAUCGACACCUUAUGCUCCUUUGAGCAUAAAUAUUCCUCCUCAAGUUAUCAAACAAGAAACUUCCACAUAUCUGCCAAAGGAAAAUAGAUUUAUGAGUCCAUUUCCUUCUCCUACUGGCACUUUAAGGUAACUAUAAAAAAAAUUCUUUAUCAUUGAUAAAUUAUAAAUCAUAAAGUUUUAACGAAAAUAUAUGAGUAGGUAGAGUAGGUAUCUUUUAUUAAGAUGAUACAUAUAUAAAAAAUGGUUUAUAUGAAAUUUAUAGAAAGAUUUCUAAAUCUAAUUAAUUUAAGUAAAUGUUCUAAGGAAUACCUAUUCUGUUAAGUUAAAUUGGAAAGAAAAGCGAAUCCGUCAAUAGGUGUGCUACUAUUGUAGGUUGGACGUUAGGAAGGAAGGAUUUUUAGAAUUAUUCUGUUAAUAUUUGUAUAAAAUGUAAGUAAAAUUAAUGCUAAUGCUAGUUGACUUGUUUUGAAAUGCUAUGAUAUUUUAAUUAAUAUUCAAUAUUUAAUUUUAACAACCCACCAAAAAAAAACGACAAUAAGUAGUUUAAAUUUUAUUACAUCUAGUAAGUACUAUUAUAAGUGUUCUGCAAAAAUUUUAGGCAAAACUUUAAACUAUAAACAAAAUUGAAAAUAACAAAUAUUUAUUUUUUAAUAAUAUUUUGUACUUUUUUCCCUACGAGGAAAAUAAAAAUAAAAACUUUUUUGCACCAUUUAGACAAAAUUUGCUUCAAAAGAAACACUUCUUUUGAAGAUUGAAACAAGAUUUUUAAUAGAAAAGUUUAUUAGAGACAAAGUAAAAACACAAUAAAACAAAUGUUACAAAUAACAAAAAUAUAAUUACGAGUACAAUAAUUAUAUAAUAAUUAUAAAAUGAAAAUGAAACGCCUAGAAAAUCUAAACGGUUUUCAUGUUAAUUGUAAUUAAUUUUUAUUUUUUCAUUUCACUUUUUAGUGCUGCUAAUUCAUGUCCAACUAGUCCUAGAGGAGGUCAUAAUAGACAUACACUUGGACCAGAUUUACAAAUGGCAGCGUAUGCAGCUGCAGUGGCUAAUCCUGGUCAAAUAGGUGUGAUAACUACUCCGACAUCAUCUGCUAUUUAUACAGAGGAUAAUAAGUAAGAUUUCCAUCUACAGUGAACAUAAAUCUGUAUUGUAAUUUCUAUAUUGUACGAAAAUGUAUUUGUUUCUUUCAGACAACAUAGAGACGGAGAAACUAGCCCAUUAGAUACGACUGUUUUUGAUGUUAGCAUUGGUAGUGAACAGUUUGUUAGUGAUUAUUAUAGGAAUGGUACGUCAACUUCUACGGGACCAAAUUAUAGUCCUCCCGAUACUGUCAUUCAAGAUAGAUCAACACCUAUAAAUAACAAUAAUAGCAAUUCAAAUGCAAAAUCUAAAGAUGAAUCUAAACCGCCUUAUUCUUAUGCUCAACUCAUUGUACAAGCUGUCGCUUCAGCUGCUGAUCGUCAGCUUACAUUAAGUGGGAUUUAUUCCUAUAUUACCAAAAAUUAUCCAUAUUAUCGUUUUGUGGAUAAAGGUUGGCAAAACUCCAUUAGACACAACUUGUCGUUGAAUCGUUAUUUUAUUAAGGUAAAUUGAAUUAAUAUCAAUUUUUAUACUAAAAGUAUUUUGCUGCUUAUCUUUUGGUUUUAAAUUAAUAAUUAUUGAUAAUUUACAUACAUGGCAAUUUUAUGUUGUACAUAUUAUGUAUUCAUUAAGCAUGCUCACUUUAUUUUUUGGUUAAAUUUUGCAUAUAUUUGAAUUCUGAAUUUUGGAAUUUUUAAGUGUAGUUUUGUGUAGCCGACAUUUUCGAAUACUUAGAUUUUUCACAGCAUUUAAGGAAUAACCUGUGGUGAUACCAAUUUUGGUUUUUCAAAUGAAAACCUUUAUUAAAAAUUCCAUACAUUGAUAGAGUAUUACUUUAAAUAAAUUUUGGUGUUAACGAUUUUCUUUUCAAGUUUAGGUGAUAAGGUAGAGUUGUGGAGUAUCUUUUGUGUAGCGGCACGGCGCGUGACAUUUUAUAAGUGCUCUACUACUCUUCCUCUACCUACCUAAAUUUAAAAGUGAAAUAUCUUGCCAAAGAAAAUCACCAAAUUUCAAUUAAAAUAAUACUCUUUUUUUUUAAUUAAUGAAUUGUUAAUACAGGUUCCAUUUGAAAAACCAAAAUUGGUAUCACCACAGGAUAUUGCUUAAAUGUUGUAAAAAAAUCCAAGUAUUUGAAAAUAUCAGCUGAAACCACACUUAAAAAUUCCAAAAUUCAAAAUUUUAAUGUAUGCAAAUUUUAAACAAAAAAUGGGGUGAGUACGCUUAGUGAAUCGUUCUGUAUAUGUAAACUUCUCAGUAUAAAUACAAAUUAUGAAGUAUAUAAAAAAAAAAAUAUAUAAUUAUACUUAUACAAUUAUAUUAUUUAGCCACGAUUCUUAAAAUAAUAUUAUUAAUAAAUAUAACUUAAUUAAGUUUUAAAUAAAAGUAUAUUAUUAUUAUGCAAUAUUUGGUUUUGAAAUAAUAAUACACUUGUGUAUGAAGUAUUUUACUUAGGUGUUUAAUUUUAUUUUGGGUGAACACAGUUUGAAAAUUAAGAUCUUAGUUAAUGCCAUGGUUAUAGAUUCUAUUUAUGUAGUAUAGGUGUACAAUUAUUGUUUGGAUUAAUAAGCAUAAUGCACAAAUAUAAAAUAGUCUCUAAAAUUAAGAAAUCUUUUUUUUUCAACCAAAUAUUUAUUUAUUUCUCCACUUUUUCUCUGUUUACCGUCUGACACUCAGAAUUUUACACCAUAGUUAGUCUUACCACACUUCUGUAGAACAUUACUCUAAGUGUCAUUUAAUUGUCACAAAAUACAUUUUACACAUUAAUGAAAUCCACUGUUUUUUCGUACAAAAGAUCCUAGUUACUUAAAACCUCAAACACGUUGACUAUAACCUCUUAUUGUCUGUUAGCUGUCUUGUCCUUCAAACUGUUUUACUUCUAUUUAUCUUAAGACCAUUUCCUUCAAUUGCUACUUUCCGUUGUUCAAGUCUAUUGUUUACUCAUCUUAAUCAUCCGCAAAACAUGGAUCAUGAUAUCUCUUUUCACCUGUUGACCCUACUCACAUCUAUAAUGGAACAAUAUCAAAGCCUUGUUUAGAAUUGAUUAUACUGUUUGACAGAUUGAAUUACCCUAAUAGGAGUCUACUGAUUCCCUCUUCCAGAAAGAAUAAUAAUAUGUAAUAAAGUUUUAUUUUUUUUAGGCUACAUGCCAUAUAAAUAAUACAUUUGUACAGAAAGCUUAAAAGAACAAUGUAUUAAUUUAUUUUAAAUUAAUUAAACUGCAAUAUAAAAUAAAUUAAAAUGUAAAUAAUUUAUUGAGUUGGUGAAUAACAAUUAAGAAUUGCAUUGGUAUAAAUUGAGUUUUAAAAAUAUUUUAUAUACUUUGUUUGUUAAAUUAUGGUAUUCUCUCAUCUCAAUAUCUAUUUUUACUGUAUAUUAAGGUUCUGAAACGAUAUUUUGUUUAGUAUUGAUAUUUUAAAAGUAAAACUUAUAUAUGUUUCAUAAUUUUUUUAUGGUUGACUGUAUUACUAUUUAUAUUUUUCCUGAAGGUCCCUCGAUCUCAAGAAGAGCCUGGAAAAGGAGCUUUUUGGAGAAUAGAUCCUUCCUCUGAACAAAAAUUAAUUGAGCAAGCUUUCCGGCGUAGACGUAUAAGAGGAGUGCCUAGUUUCAGGCUUCAUAACUCAUUUGGACUUUCUUCAAGGUAACCUGUAUAAAUAUUUAUGUUUCAUGGAAAUAAAAUGUAUUUUUAUUUGUUAGGAGUGCUCCGCCAUCACCUAACCAUAUUACUGGUGGUAGUGAAUUAUCAAUUGCUGAUUCCUUGUCCAGAGAAACUUCACCAUCUCCGCCAGUCUCUUCUUCAGACCAACAACAAGAAGAACUUUGUUUGGCAAACUCUACACCAAACCAAAAUAAAUCACCAAAUAAAAUUUCUCAUACUAAUGGUGUUCUUCAUUAUGUAUCAUCUACUGGUAAUAAUUUUAUUCAAAUAAAAUAGCUAUAAACUCUUCAAAUACACUUGGACGAUUUACAUGUGUUUAUUGUCACCACCUCAUAAAUGUAUGCAAUAGCAAAUUUGUGAUCAACAUAAUUCAUUCUGGGCUAUUUGUUUUAAUAUAAAGUUGAUUUGACCUACUAUCAAACUUAAAGCCGCAUAUACAUGUGCGACCUGAACCUAUCAUAAAUCACUUGCGUACCGAUAGUGACAAUAAUUGGGACGGCAAAUAUGUAUAUGUUGUUUAAAGAUAAGAACAUUAUCAAUUUAUAAAUGAUAUUUUGCUUGAAAAUUAAAAUUUUAGAAAAAAUCUAUUUACAAACAUAUAAUGUUCUUACUUUUAAAUUAGAUUAUAGAUUAAAUUAUUCUGAUCUUUUUUAACUAAAAACACACAAUUAAUUCUGUUGAAUUCAAAUUUGCUACGAUAUACAUUUGUAAGAUACGGUCAACAAAUUCAUAUGUAGGGUCCUCAUAAUCAAUAUCAUUAUUUAUAUUAAAAAAUAUGUAAUGGUAUAUUUCUGAUACACAUAAUACUUUUUUUAUAAUGGUAUUAUUCGUUAACCAAUAUUGUUAAAAUCUUUUUUACCAAGCAGUAAAUAAUAUGUUGAUAUUGACUAAUUUACAACAUUGUCAGUGCCGUAACUACUCUGCAUGGUGCCCAUAGUAAAUUUUACAAAUUACCCAACGCCCCCCCCCCGCCAAAUUUAUUAACUAAAACUUCUAAAAAAAUAACAAAACAGUAAGGCUCAAAUCCCCAAUACUGUAUGGUCUAUUUUUUUUAGACUUGAUUGGUUUAAAAGUGCUAAAAAGGUAAUACAUUAUGUAUAUAAUUUUAAUAUUGUUUUAUUUAAACACUAUUAGUAGCUCAAUAUUUUAACAAAAUGCACUUUUCGUUGUGAGCUUCAUGGUAAAAAUAGCAUCAUUGUAUAGAAUUGGUUCAAAAAGAAUUUUGAUAUAUUUUUAUAAUUGUCCAUCCAAAUCUCAGUUUUAUUGAGAAAUUGAUUCUCUAAAACUAAAUUGCGGUUCACAAUUUGUCCAUGCCUUACCAAUAAUGAAAGUCCUGAAUGGGAGAUCUUGAUAAAUGAUGGGCUAAUAAUCCCCAAGGAAUCCUUUAUCUAUUUAAAUUAAUAUAUCAAUAUUUAUAUCCCUCCUGUGAUCACUUAUCAGUCUACAAAAUAUAAGUUGAAAUAAACUAUGUGUUGACUAUAAUAUAGUUCUAAUCAAAUUUUUUUAGGACCCCAACCUACCUGACCACUCACAUUAUUGUUUUCAUUAUUCAUAUUUGUGUUAAGUAGAUAAAUUAAGUCAUCGGAUGAAGUUUAUUCAAUUAUUAUUUUUAAGGCUUAAUAGUUAAUAUAAUAAAUUUUAAUUUAUUACAAAUUAAAAUAAAUGUCACUUAUGUAUUAAUGACCUCCCUAAAGUACCUCAGUCGAAUUUAAUUUAAGAAAAAUUACACUAUAUAAGUGUUAAUAUUACAACAAUGAUCGCUUAAAUAAGAAAAACAAAUAGUGCUUAGAAUCUACAUGACUAUAUUAAGAUAUAAUCAGUUAUAUUAUGCGAACGUGUAGUUCCUUUCUGAAAUAUAUUAUACUUGUAUACCAUCGAACAGUUAUUUUGUGUUUUGGGGGGAGGAGUUUCUAUUAUAUAAGUACUUAUAUUUCUCCAAAUCAUUAUUGUUUGUUUAUUUAGAAAAAAUCUAAGUUUUUGUUGGUGUGUCGAUUAUUUAUAAAUUAUAAUGUACCUAUGUACUCCGUGUAUCUAAAGUAGAAAAAAAAAUAUUGGGGCCCGGGUAACGAUCACUGCCUAGAUGCCUUGUCCAGGCCAACACUGAUACCUAGUUAUUAUGGAUUUGUCCAGACACAAAAUCAAUUGCCUAGUUAUAGCACUGAAUUUUGUUUUAAUAUUGACUUAAAAAUUUAAAUGACAUAUAAUAUUUAGAUUUUAAAAAUUAUAAUAUCAGUGCUCGAAUUAACAAAAAAUAUUAGGAGGCUGUAAGACUUGAAAAAAAAUUAGCUUCCCUUUUAAUUAUUGUACUCAACCUAGCCCUUUUAAAUAUAAUUCACUGAUUGAUAAUUUCAAAAAAAAAAAAUUACUUUAGCUAACUUUUUAUUUGCAUAAUAUGUAUUUAUUUUAAAUUUUACUAUGAUUUUUGUUUUUGUUAUUUUUUCUGUAUUAGAACAACUUUUCUACUAGAAAACUUACUUAGAUCAUUAACUUUUCUGGGGUAAUAGUUUCUAAUAAAAAUGAACUAAAUCCUAAUUUAAAAAAUUCUGUCUAGUUGAUGCAAAGAAGAGAUUAUUUUAAGUUUUCUUUGUAUAGUUCAUAAUUGUAGAGAGAACUUUAGAAAAUUCAUUGGAAUAACUAUAAUAUUUAGAUAACGGUGUUAUAUUAGAUUUUGAUAUUUUUGUUGUUAUUCAGUGAAGAAUAAUUAUAGAAGCCGGAAAUUUCACUGAAUACUUAACGUGGGUAAUAAUCUCCUUUGUACAGUAUUUUUUCCAAGGUACAAUUUUAAAAACAUCCUAGCAAUUAUUAUUCAGUUAUUUAUAGCUAUUUGAAAUUGUUAAGUUUUUUAGAAUUUUUUUUUGGUUUUAUGAUAGAAAUUGUGGCCAAGUGAAAAUAAUUCAAAAUUUAACACUAGGUUUAUUAUGAGUUGCAAUUAGUGAAAAUCCAUUUAAUGAGUCCAUUAAAAUUAAGCUUUGAGCUAUUAUAAAAGAAAAGAGCUUAAAGUUCAAAUUUUAAUGUAAAUACAAAAUAUACACCAUUCUGUUCUCCCUUUCAAACAAAUAAUAAAUGUAUACUGGAAUAUCUGUAAAUAAGGCGAGGUAUUCCACACUAAUUUGAGCACUGUAAUAAUAUUAUUGGAACCAUUAGGUAUUUAAAAUUGAAUAUUAAAUUCAAAUGUUCAAAAUUGCACAUAAUAUAGAUAGUAUAGCAGAUUUCUUUUCUUUUUAUAUUCAUUCUGUUAUAGCUGCUACAAAGUAGAAAAUAUUUUUAAUUUUUCUAAUUUUUAUAGCAGAGAUCAAUAUGAACAACUAUCAUAGUAUUUAUCGAAACACAAUUAGAAAAUUAUGUUACAAUCUAAACUAAAUAAUCUUAGAUCAAUGUCGUAAUUGUUCAACAUAUAUCGAAUUUAAUUUUGUCUAUCAUUGAUCAAUAUUAUUAAAAAAUCUUUUUGCUUCUUACAUCUUUGAUAAUACCGAAUAUAAUAUAAAUUAAUUAACUUUUACUAUUAAAUUUUACUAACAUUCUUAACAAGUCAAGUGUUCACUAUUAUAGUUAUAAUAUGAUUCACUUUAUAUCUAGCUAACAAUGAAGCCUCAGAGAUGCAAAGUCCUCAACAAUUGACGUUUUUAAAGUCUCGACUAGUCUUGCCUGUGACAACUUAUAGUAAAUCUAGACAUAUAACAAUAGUGAAUAAUGGACUUCCAACAUCUCAGUCAGGUAAUUAUAGCUUAUUAAAAAGUUGGAUAAUUGAGCAUUGACAUCUAACAGACAUAAUAUAGGGAAUGUAAAUUUGAUGUAUUAAGUAACAUUCAUUAAAACAAUAUAUUGCCUAUAAAUUAAUAUUGGUUAGAAAUAUUUGCAAUUUUUUUUUAUAAAAUUCUAUCUAAUGCACAUGAUAGGCUUUUUGUUGUUAUUCUGAUCAACUGAAAUUAUGUUAUAUGAAUCAUAUUUUUAUGUUGAAAAGUUUUGUCUAAUAAAUUAGUAUAUACAUUAUUUUAUAUAAUUAUUAACAUACUUUCAUAGGAAGCACAACAAAAACCAAUUUAAACUUCAUUGCCUUUCCUCCGCCACUCAAGGAGUCUUUAUUGCCCCAAGCACCAGUUAUCGUGCAAACAAUAGAUCAGACAUUUGAUGCGUAAGUAAUUUAUUCAGUGUACAUGUCUUUAUCUAAUUAAACUUUAAAAAUUUUGUUAUUUAAGAUCGAAGUUAAAUCAUGCAUUAAAUAUUGAAAAAGCUGUUAACCAUCACAAACAAGUAGAAAUAAAUGAAGUAGACGAGGAUAUAUCUCAAAAAAAUCCUACACAAGGUAUAGAAAUAGAAUCUGGUGAAUUCGGAGUUCAAGAUGUCCAUGAAGAAAUUAUUGAUGAUGCUCAGAAGACCUCCGAAGAAAAUAUUGAACAGGUUUUUAUAACUACUUAAAUGUUGUAUAUAUUUAAUUAAGAAAUUGUUCCAAAAUUAUUAUUUAAAAUUGUAAUCUCCAUUAUAAAAGUGCUAUAAUACCAUUUAAAGUAUCUAUUUUUUAAAAAUACAUAUAAAAAAAACCUAAAAUUUGGUAUGGUGCGUGUUUCAAUAAGUAAAAGUUAUCUGUAUAAUUAUUUUAUUAAAUCCUUGACUGCUUUAAGUCUCAUUAUACAAACUUUCUUUUAACAAAUUAAUUUAAAACAUUUGGAACUCUUUCAUUUGGGUAAAAACACCUUGAUAACAACCAAUGUGUAAUUAAUACGUGACAACAGUAUUAUGCAUGCAUGAAUUUCAAUAAAAUAGAUGUCUUUAACCAGAGACUUCUCAUAAGGUUCAAACAAACAUAUCCAUCAACAAAUAUAUUUGUAAAAUGUACUUAUCCACCUUCAUAAAUAGAAGUAUAUGCCAAUAUGGCAGGUAUCUCUGUUUGUGGCUGAUACAUCUAUAUUGAUAGUGCAUAUGCCUGAUUUCGUUUAUAUCUGUUAAUUAAUUUUCCAAAGAUUAGAUACAUCUAAAAGAAAAAUUUAAAUAACAGCGAUUAUUGUAACUAGAACCCACUAUAUUAUAUUUAAUAUGAUUCUGUUGAUUAUAGUAAUAUGACUUAUUGGCUGUUGAUUGUUGAUGUUUAUCUUCUAUUUAAAAUCAAUUUUCCAGUUUUAAAAAAAAAAUUGCAUGGCCUUUUUUUUGAUUCUCUUUUGAUCCUGUCUAAUUAUUAUAUUCAUUUUUAAGUAUUUGUUACAAAUAACAUUGUCUAGCUAUUAUUUUUUUUUUUCCUUGAAUAAUGGUUUUCAACUGUUUAUUUUUUCUAAUGUAUUCUGUUAGUAAUAAAAGUAUUUCAUCUUCGUAUAAAUAAUGUAUCUAACUUUUUUUUUUGCUUUCGAUUUAUGUAUUUAUUUUUUUUUAUUGUUGAAUACUCAUUUCAUAAAAUAUUAAAUUUUUAGAAACAAGCAGAUUUAAAAUGUUAUGUUAUGAUUAUUUUUGGGAGUGAAACAGCUUCCUAAUGUAACAUUUUAGAGCUACUUGUUUGUUAAAAAUUUAAUACUUUGUGAAGAAAUAAAUGUUAAACAACAAUAAAAUUACUCUGUAUAUAUAUAUAUAUAAUUAACUAUUGUCUAAAUUUUAUAAAAAAAAACAUUCAAAUUACUCUGUAUAUAUAUAUAUAUAAUUAACUAUUGUCUAAAUUUUAUAAAAAAAAACAUUCAAAUUGCUCAUGAUUUCUAUUAAUUUAAUUUGUUUCUAAAUCUUUUUCUAUCAGAUAUGACUUAUUUUUUUCUGCUAGGCUAUUGUCUAUUUUGCACAAAUAUGUCUCAUAUUUUUAAGAAACUAACAUUAUAUUAAUUUAUGUUUUUUACUUAUAAAAUACUAUAUUUUUAGAAUUCUUAUUAAAUUUAUCUAUUGAAAUGUAUAUUUUUAAUUUUAUUUAGUCUAAAACAUACAAACAUGAAGAAUCUUCUGAAAAUGGAAUGGAAAAUGGAAACCAACAAGUUGUUCCUGAAGAAAUUGAUGAAGAAGAAGUAGUAGAAGAAAACAAUUUUGAAGAAUCCAAAGAACCAGAUACUAAUUAUUCAGACAAUUUUCAAGAACCACCAACUAAACGUACCAAAUUAAAUUAUUUUAAACAAGAAAUAAAUGGCGUCCCUUAAAAAAGGUAAUUUAUAUGUUACAACUUUUUAUUGUUAUUGAUAUUUGAAUAGGUCUUUUCCUAUGAUGUUAUUUUCUGUACAUAAAAUUGUGUAUAAAAAUUUAAGUGGGCUACAAAAUAAUGUUUAUAUAAAUAAAUUGUUUUUAUUUAAUUAAUUUUGAAUUGUCUAGCUUAAAUCAAACUAGGUAUUUCUUUCUGUAUAAUAUUAUGUUUAGUUAUACAUGUAUUUGUAUGAAUUAAGUGAUUUAAGAUAUUUUGCUUAAACAGAGCUAUAGACAGUUUAUUAUAAUAUAAUUAUUAGAUCAUACUUACAAUCAAUGACAAAACAUGUAAUUUAUUGUAAGGAUAUUGUAUUUUUGGUAUACAUAUUUUAUAACUGAUUUACCUAUUUAUGCGCAUAUAUAUAUAUAUAUGUAUAUGUAUAUAUAUAUAUAUGCGUGUAUAUAUAUCAUAAUGGUAUUAGAUAAAUGAUAUAUUGAUUAAACAAAGUAGCCCUAUAUUUUACAUGAUGACAGUCAUUAUUUUUUUCCUAUGUCUAAUCAUUAUGUUCCUUGUACAUUACUGUAAUGACAUAUCUAUUGUAAAAAAAAAAAUAAUUAAACAAAAAUUAUAUUUUAACAAUUUUUUUUUUCUUUUUGGUUUAUAGGGGAUCUUUCUUAUCAAGUGCAAUUAAAUAUAAAUUUUUUUUUUUGUUAUUAUUUUUGUUUGUUGAUUAUAAAUGUUAUCAAAUUAAUUAAAAUAAAUUGCCAUAAUUUUUAAUCUGUACGUGGACAAAAGCUUUUUGGUUUAAUUUGUUUUUUGAGAAUUUUAAUUAUUUUAAAAUUCAUUUUUAACUAAUAUGUGAUUGGACAUUUUAUAUUAUGGAAAAAAAUAUAAUUAUUUUUAUAAAUAAGUUUUUGUCUACUUAAUAAAUUGUGUUACCAUUUGUGUUUAGAAAGAUUUAGUUUACAUUGGUUUUCAAAUUAUAUAAAAUUAAAUUGAAAAAGUUAUGGUCUCAAUUUGUUGGGUUUAAGCUUAAACAAAAUUGUAAUGUUGGAUUUUUUUUUAAACACUGUACAUUUUUCUUGUUUAUUCAUAUAUUAUAAAAAUUUCAAAAGUAUUUUUCAAUUGGCGAAUAAUUAUUUUUUCAUUUGGUUUAUUACUUAAAAAAUUAAUAAUUUGCACAAUUAUUGCAAAUAUAUAGGAUUGUUUUGGUUUUUCAAUGAAUGUGUAAGACCGGGUCUUACUAUAAAUGUGUAUCUUAUGUUUAUUGUUAUAUUACCAUGAGCAAUUCUAACAAGCACAAAUAUAUAUUUUUUUUUUUUUUUUUAGUAAAUUAUUGUAUUAAACAUAGUCAUUUAUAAAUUAAAUAGAAACAAAUUGUUGUAUUAAUUAAUAAAAAUAGUCAUUGCAAUACUUUUAGCACACAUGUAAGUGUAAAUUUACUACCUAUUUACAUUAUUUUGUUGAGACAUUAAAUUUAUAAAUUAUUUAGUUUGAGUUUUGUUAAUAAAAAAAAAAAUUGUUUUUCUUUCC